CACCAGCUUCACUUCCGCUGAUCCACAUGCACCAGUGUACACAAGUGACACUAAAGCAGUAAGCUAGUUGUGUACAAAACCAUACUUAUUGAGUUUGUUGGUUUAGUGUUUAGCUACAUUUAUGUGUGGGGAACAUGCUUCUCUUUUGUCCAACCUGCGGGAAUGUUUUAAUUGUCGAGGAAGGACAGAAGUGCAUGAGAUUCGCCUGCAACACCUGUCCGUAUGUUCACAACAUCACAAGAAAGGUCAAUUACAGGAACUUUCCCAAGCUCAAAGAGGUGGAUGAUGUUCUUGGUGGCGCUGCAGCUUGGGAAAACGUUGACUCAACUCCUGAAACGUGUCCAAAGUGUGGGCAUUUGCGGGCGUAUUUCAUGCAGAUUCAGACCAGAUCAGCUGAUGAACCGAUGACGACCUUCUACAAAUGCUGCCAAGCCCAGUGUGGACACAGAUGGAGAGACUGAAGGAUUAGCACUUUGGAAAUUGUAUUUAAUAUAAAAAUGAUGUUUAUUUGGCAAAGAUACUACCUUCAGACGUAGUUGUGUAAGCCUAUAUCUAUUGUUAACAGGCUCUGGUAGUUGGGGCAUUCUUCUGAUGAUUCCCAUUUACUGUGUGUUUGCAGGUGAGAUGUACAUACAUGUUUUACUUUGCACACAUAGUUCAAACAACAUUAAAAUGAGUUUCAUCAAU